UGCAUCUCUCCCUAAAUACCAUCUAAAUGCAACCUCCUGCUUUUGUUCUUCAUUUUUGCUUGUCUGUUAAGAGAUUUGCGACAGAUUUCCACCUCUUUGGGGUGAAAAACAUUCAGACAGAGCACAGUACAUACAUACAGGUGAAUACUGUCUUUCAGGUUUUGUGGAUACAUGGAUUUGGAACUCCUUGAGGUCAGCUUUGACUUCAGAUUUGCUGUGUGCUUCUCGGGACAGUUCAUCUUCAUUAUUAACCAAAAAGUUUAGUAUUAUAUCACCCAUUAUGUAAUUCUGUAGUUGUGUUACUUGCAAGCACAUACACUGCUUUUGUGUGAAAAUGAUUCUUCUGAAAUCAGGAAAAAAAUCAGGAAAAAGUUAAAACUUCCAACUUUCUAACAAAAAAGUUAGACAGAAAAGGGUAAUGCAUACUUGCUGCACCGAGCUGGGAUAUCAGUGCAGUACCAUACCCGGGAAUUUGAAUUAACAUCAUUGCUGGGAUAUAGCUACAUGAGAAGAGGUCUGUGUGCUUUAAAGUUCUGCACUUAUUUGCAUCAUCUGGUGUUUCAGCACAUGCUCUUGAACUCAUCAAGUGGCUGAUGGAUGUGUUUGUAAAGACUCGGCUGGUCACUUUAUACGCAACGAUAAACCCGCUGUUGUACUUAAUGAGAUGGGGACCCUGUGUCGGCGCGGGAGCCAUUAGUGGCGAAAUUGCUGCACAUUGCCAUGACGACGAGCCGCUGCAGCCACCUGCCCGAGGUGCUGCCCGACGGCCCCGGCUCGGCGGCCCCCGCGGGGAAGAGCGCCAGUGGUGGGCCUGGGCCCGGCCCGGCCGGCGGGCGCCCGCACUAUGUCAUGCAAGUGUCGGCCAAGGACGGGCAGCUGCUCUCCACCGUGGUGCGGACGCUGGCCACGCACAGCAGCCCCUUCAAUGACAGGCCGAUGUGCAGGAUCUGCCACGAGGGCAGCAGCCAGGAGGACCUGCUUUCUCCAUGCGAAUGUACGGGGACUCUGGGGACGAUUCACCGCAGCUGCCUGGAGCACUGGCUGUCGUCUUCAAACACCAGCUACUGUGAACUCUGCCACUUCAGGUUUGCAGUGGAGCGCAAACCCAGGCCCUUGGUAGAGUGGCUGAGGAACCCGGGCCCCCAGCACGAGAAACGGACUCUCUUUGGAGACAUGGUGUGCUUCUUGUUCAUAACGCCGCUGGCGACCAUCUCCGGCUGGCUGUGUCUGCGGGGAGCGGUGGACCACCUGCACUUUAGUAGUAGGCUAGAAGCCGUUGGCCUCAUUGCACUCACUGUCGCACUCUUCACUAUUUACCUCUUUUGGACCCUAGUGUCGUUUCGGUAUCACUGCAGGCUCUACAACGAGUGGCGCCGCACCAACCAGCGGGUGAUCCUGCUCAUCCCCAAGCCGGCGGCCGUCGCCUCCGCGCAGCAGUCGCUGCUGGGGCUGCAGCCCAUCAAGAGGAACUCCAAGGAGACAAUCGUCUGAUCGGGGCCGUCCCACGCCGGGGCCACGCACUAAAUAGGUUUCCUCGCGCCCGUGGGGGUCAGAUACCGCCCCAGAGCCUGCUAUUCCGAUUUACAGACUCUUUGCGGAGGAAGAAAUCACUGUUUUAAUUCAAAUCACGGAUGCUGCAAUCAUAUGAUAUUUGCUAAGCUGCCAAACAUGUUUAUUUAGCAGAUACUGUAUGGAAUUCUACAAACUUAUGUUAAUACUUGCAUCAUCAAGCGAUGCAGACUUUUUUAUUAUUGUUUAAAAAUAUUAAACUAUGAUAAUUAACAAUGCAAGACAGAUGUAAAAAGUGCUUUGUUUUUAUCAUUUACUGCUACUACAGUAUUAUUUUCUUUGGAUAGCAGCCAGUGCUGUAUGUUUUUGUUUUUUCCUGAAUCACAGGGCUGACAUUGCCUUUAUAUACACGUAUAGAUAUAUACACACACAUAUACACACAAUUUUAAGAACCUUUUAUACUAUUAACUUGGAUUAUUAGAAUACCUUUUUUAAUAUUAUGAGUUCUACAAAUUGGCAUAUUAUUUAAACACUAUAAAAUUGUUAGAAAAUGGUCUCCUGUUUCUUGUUUGGUAGGGAAGUUCCGAUAGGAAAAUUCUCCAGUAAUAAAUGUGGAAUGUGUGAGAGCAACAAGUGACAGAUUACAGUAAUCUUCCUGCCCCAAAGUAUUUUAUUAAGUAACUCUCAGGAGAGAAAAAAAAAUUCAGGCAGAAAUAACAAAUUAGGCAUCGCAUUCUGCACUGAAGCUCUACUGGUGUGAAUUUGUAGUUAGCCAAUUUACUCUGUUUUUACACCAAGCGGAAUUUAACCCUAAUUGUAUAAAUUAAUUUUGUAAGGAAAACUCUGUAUACAUAAUGAAUGAGAUCAUUAGACAUGUCUUCAGAAGCAGGAACUUGUCUUGCAUUAUAAUUAGCAUUACUUUAAAGCUGCAGAAUUUUCAGCUUGACAGGUAGAUUUAGCAGAGCGUACGUAAACCCUGACCUUCCAUUGUAGCACUGAGACUAAGACUCUUUUUAAAAAAUGUACGACACAGCCUACUAUUGUGACCAAAUUGAAUUUGGAGUCUAAAGACUCAAUUUAAUUCCUGGGUGGCAUUAUCUGUUUCCCCUUUGCCUUCAUGACCAAUUCAUUCACUGAUUUUUGGCUCUCAGAGGAGACAUAUGCUUACAUGGAGAGACUCAUUUUACAGAAUCAUACAAAACUCUAUUAACAAAUGCUGCUAAAACCAGCAAGUGACAUGUAGCCUCUUCAAAUAUAUAUAUCGCACAGUUUCCCCACCCCCACCCCCUUUUGGGGUAGACUGUAGUGACACCAUGUGCUGCGUUCUCCAAACUGUGCAGGAACUGAAAAUAAAAGGAGCCCAAAGCAACAAGGGUAAUGAUUUCUAAUUUGGAUAAAGGCAAUAUGGGUGUUUACCAUCAGGCAAGAGCUUAUUUAAUGUUGAGCUCUAGGGAAGAAAAAGCUUAGUACCCAUGAACAGACCUGUGAGUCUCUUUAUGCCAUCUUUGGCUCAGUCUAGCUAUAGCCAUGUAUGUAGUGCAACAGUAUUCUCUGCAGCCAUCAAUUCUGUGGGGCUAGAGGACUGAACCGUCUAUAUGAAGCAACACCAGCUUUGUUCAGACAUGAAACCGCAUUUUCACAGCGAGCCAUCAUCAGCUCCUGUGUAGGAAAGCCAUGAACUUGCAAGGCUGCACUCAUUAGUCUGUAAGGUCAGGAGCUGGUCCUAUGUUUGAUAGUGGGUACCCGCUUCUCUUCCAGAAUAAAACUGUAGGAAAGUUGUACAGAAUUCUGAAGACACGGAUAUCUGAAGACAUCACAAACUCUGUGAUGGCCUAAACCCUAUAGUGCUUUUUUAUCCUCUUUCCAAAGAAAAGAAACUCUCUGGAUAGAGGACAAAAAAGGAAAAGCACAUCAGCAGAGAUUUCCAGGUUAAAAGAAAAUCUGCUAGCCGGGGGCACUGAAAUAAAGCAUGUCUAGCUGGGUCAGAACACUGUCAGACUAGGAGCCACUAGCAAGUCUCCCAUGCAUUUUCUGGAAUACUCCCUGCCCCCAGCCACACACCCACCUUUUUGCAUUAUACCCAUGAAAAAAGCAGCAUACUUCACACACUUGUUUUUUUAAAAAUUUAAGAACAGGAAGGUGGGUGAUGCUGUUGUUUUACUCCCACUUCCACGCUGAACUAAGGACCAGACUAGUAUUGCUUUUCCUUCCAUUAGUUGAGGCUAUUCUUGCUAUGCCACAUCCAAAUUUGGAUUAACAAUUCCACAACUGAAACACUACAACAGAAAUUCUACAACAGCAGUAGCAUUCAAUUUUUUUUCCUUCUGAAUAAAUGUAAGAAACAGAAUUAACUGCAACACUAGCUAGAGCUAACAAAGCUCCUGGCAGUACAAUGACAUCUUUGUUAUGCUGUCCUUAAAGGCUUUCCAGUUAAGCAAAAAUAAGUCAACUAAUGAAAGGAUGGGAAAGAUUUGGGGGUUUUUUUUGGUUUUUUUUUUGUUUUGUUUUUAAAUGUAGCUCAGUCUUUCCCUAUCCUUUCUUCUUGUGCAGCUGGUCUUGCCAUUUACAUUCUUUUUCUACACAAGAAAUGCUAGAGAGAGUAGUAUUCAAUAUUUUGAGCUGAAAAUGAUAAGCAGCAAUUUAAGCCGUCCAAAAGAAAAAAAAGAGAAAAAACCCUCUGAGAAAAAUAGACAUAAUACAAUUCUGUUCCCUUCUUUCACAUCCUGCUUUCUGAUGAUAAAGAUUGCCAUCCUAAGUGUGCAGAGUUGGCCACACAGAGUCCAUUACAAUUCAAUAUUAAUAACAUGAGUGCCAUGCAAAAUGAAGAUGACAAAUUUCACUUCUACAUAACCUUUUCCCUGAAAGCUUAGUCUAUCACAUCAUGCAGAACAACAAACAAGACAAAAUUCAAACAAGGGUAAAGCAGUGGUAUUUGAUAAAAGAAUGGUGGUGAACAGGCAAGAGAUGCAAAAUCAGGAAGCUGCCCGAUUCCUUGAAUUUCUACUGCAGUGAGAAGAGUUAAGUAGAGGAAGCAACAGUGUAACAGUUUCCCCCUCAGGAAGAAGGGGAAAAAGUACACUGCAACCAAUGGAAGAAAUUAAUAGGGAAGAACUUAGAUGAGUUUUCAGAGAUACAGCAGAUCUCUGUUCAACAAGAGGGAAGUCGCUGCACAGGUAGGAUGAAGAGCCUUCAAGUUUUUGUACUCCACUAUAUAAUUCUGUCAGAUUAAGACUUUAAAUUAUCAUUUGGAUUUUAUUUAUUAAAAAUAGCUUUGCAUCAGUUACACAGUAGGAAAUCAUGCAGAGUGAUUUGACAGCUUAGCAGGUGAAGGAGGGAAUCAGGGCCCAUAUACAUAACCAGCCUUGAUGCCACAAAGAUAACCAGAGCGCUGCAAUCAGAGUAAGAUAUGAAGAGCUACUGGGAGGACCAUUUACACAUAGAAAAAGACCUAAAAAACUUUCCCUUUCAAAUGAAAUUAAGUUUAAAAAAAAGUUACUGUUAAUUAUUAAACUCAUCUGUUACUGCUUAUGAGACCAAGCUCUAUUUACCGCACAGCUGCUUAAUUAAACAAGCAUUUUCCUUA